AUGGAUGCCGGCUUUACCAAGUCAACAGAAGUCCUCUCUGGGAUGGCCCGUCGCACAUUAAUUGACCAGUGCGGGUAUCGCCCGCGGGAGAUCAUGGUAUUCGGGUUUGGGCAAGGUGGGAUGGCCGGGUUAGCUUUGGCGCGGGAGCUCGGGAUCGAGAGUAAGGGUUCUGGCGAUGAAGCCUGGAAUGGAGAGGUUGGGCCGCUUUCUGGUGUUGUUUCUAUCGGUGCGCCGUAUUCUGUUGAUGGGUCGAGGGUUGGUAAGAACCGGUCGCCUGUUCUGCUUGUUGCCGGUAGGGAUUCGGUUGCUGUUUCGGAUGAUGCUGUGCGUAGGACUAAGUUGGUCUUUGAGUUUGUUGAGGUUAGUCGGUAUGCGCGGAGGGGCGAUAGCAUGCCUUCUUCUAGGGAAGAGAUGUUGCCUAUUAUGCAGUUCUUUGCUAGGACGCUGAGGAGUAGGCAAGGUGUUCCUGAGGGGAGUGUGGAGUUGAGUUGA